AUGGUGACAUCCGUUAGAGAGGGGGUGAUGUCUACCCACCUGCACACAAACGAGACCAGUAAUCACGUGAACCAACUGCUCAUUAAUAAUGGAACGCCCAACGAACACAGCUACGAAGGGGUAGAAGAGGUGGAAGCGGUGGAAGAGAUGCACGUCAUAGACGAGGCAAGAAGCACAAGUGCACACAGCGGUGUGGGGAUCACCAAUCAACUGGCGCAAAGGAUGAGUCUCCAACGUAGAGUACACCCCAGUGAUUACAUGCACCACGUGAAGGAGGACAAUCACACCCUUACAAACGAGAAUGACACAUUUAUGAAUAAUUUCAUGAACAUUUAUUUAAAUGAAAAGAAAAACACACAAGAUUGUAAUGCGACGCAGUUCACCUCCAACCAGUAUACACACACGAAUCAUCUCUUCAACGAGGAACACUCCUACGUACCCACAAACCAAUAUGAUUACCUCAAUGAGGCGGACACCAAUAUGGGUCACUUCUCUGAAGCAACCACCAUGGAGGGGAGAGACAACCAUGCAAGUGGGAUGAGUAUAGGGACAGAACAUGCCUCCCCUGAAGUUUUAUACAUGCACAUGAUGAGAAGUGGUGAAAGGAAUGAACCCUUUAUUGGUGAUCACUGCCAGGGGGAUUAUUCCCCCAGGGAAAAUUCGCUACUUAGGUGUAAUGGUAUUAAUGGAGGAGUCUCGCCGUGUGUCUUGAAGAACGGAGGUGCGGAAGACGCGUAUAAGGUGCCCUCAAUUGGGGACCACUCAAGAGGGGACAAGCCGGACCACGGCAUGAUAGACAGCAUUUUAAAAAGGGCCCUGCUCAGCAGCGACAUUUUGCAAAACGAAAUUUUAAGCAGCGAAAUGUUAAGCAGUGAAAUGUUAAGUAGUGACGUGCUCACGGAGGUGGGCAUGGUCCCCAGCGUGGCCCCACCGCAGCAGGAGGGCACCGACCACCACGCCUACGCUCGCCACGGAAAUUUCACCCCCGGGCGCGAAGACGCCGGAAUGGAAUUUCACCUGAACAGUCAGGCGAUUUUAGCCCCAGAUCAUCUGGCUAGCCAAAAUGCCCAAAUAAAUUAUAACGAAAUGAAUGGAGGUGCGUGUCAGCAACUUUAUUCAGACAGUUAUUCAGACAGUUACCGACCUCGCCUCGAAGGGAAUCUUUUUUACAAUACACAAUUCCAUGCACAUGGAAUAUCAAAUGAAAAGGAAAACAAAAAUAAUAAUAAAAUUAAAAAUAAAAAUAACCAUCCCAAUAGGGUACUAAAUCGAAGUUGCACAGAUGGACUUCAUGUCUACUACGAGCAACACAGCAGAGGGGGGGAUGGCGGUAGUACGGGGGAGAAAAGUCUGUAUGUGUCGUCAGGGCGAGUGAGCAACGCCAGUGUGGGCAGCGGGGCCCAUGGCCAAAACAUACAGAACACAGAUUGGGAUGAUGAAGGAAUGAACUACAUGUCAUCGUGCAGGUGGAGUGAACGCAGAACAGGAGGUAACUCAAGUGCUGCUCACAGUGAUGGAGUAAAAGUAAUAGGAGAAGGGUCCCCCUGUGAUGUAAACCGUCAAUGCACCCAUUCCAUUCGUAACAAUGUAAAUGUAAUGAGCAGAGUAAGGCACCCUUCUCUUAAUAUAGCUUGUCCUAAUGUUGAGGAAGAAGGCCCUCUCGAUUUGUCAUUUCAAAUGACGUCGCCUUAUACAAAGUCGAAUGAGGAAGGGGGUCCUACCGAAGAGGAAAAAUUAUAUUCAGAUUACUCCACAAGGAAGUGUGAAGAGAUGCAUUACAUUUGUAAGGAAGACGCGUCGCCCAAUUACAUUUGUAAGGAAGACACGUCGCCUCAUUACAUUUGUGAGUGCACGAAGGGACUUCCUAAUUCAUGUGAAAGAUACUCGGGUGGUGACUUGUACUCGUUGGAGACGCAGAUGGACGUCCUGCAUGGGGGGGAGGUGUUAUACAAAAGUGACUCCCCCCACUUGGGGUUAGAACCCUCCAUCGAACACAGUAUACAGUGUAUUGAUGCACGUGUAAAAACAGAACCCAUGGUAGGGGAAGACAGUCAGGUGGUGAUCCGGGACGCAGAUGUGGACCAGGCCCUCCUCGACGAUGUGAAGUUUGAACAGCGAGUACAUAGUAGGAGCCUUCCACAUGGAGUGAUCACAGCGGACCCAUCAAAUGGAGAAAUGUAUUCUCGCAUAACCAUGUGUGUGAACAUCGCUAAGGGGGAACAUGCAGGGGGGAAACAACCCAUGGCGAAUACACCAUUUAAUGGAAGUGACCCGUACCCAAGUCUAUACACGCAGGGUAGCAUGAUGAGCAGCGUGCCGAGCGCACAAACAAAUGGCCGACGGAUGAACCCCGUGGGGCCAGCGACCCCAUCGCAACAGUGCAGUCGCUUCAACGAAGCAGACACGCACAUCAUUAACAGUGAUUACCAUUUUAUGAACGCCGAAGCAGAAGCAGAAGAAGAGGAGGAGCAGGGACCACUCGCUACGGAACACUUCUACCCAUAUAAUUACCAAAGGGACGUAAUGUCUGUUGUGCGAAAGGAAGGACUGGAGGACCAUUUGCCCCAUCAGGAAGAUUUAUUUAAUAGGCAUAACGUUUCUCAUUUCAGCCUGAACAGUGUCCUUAUGGAUUCGCUUGAAGAUGAAUACAAUGCAAGGAACCGUGUGUCGUCUGUUUGCUCGAACAGCUGUGAGGCAUCAGUGGGGACCCUCCACGAUGUUAGUCCUUUAGGUAGUCCCUUAGCUACAGGUGCCACUACCGACUUGCAAAAUCAAAACCCAUUUUCACGAAAUAACACAUGUAAUGUGUAUGGAAGAGACUUGGGGGUGGUGGAAGGAAUGCAGAGCAAUCACUGCUCAAUGAUAUUGCCCCGAUUAAUUCAUAACGACAUGCCUGCAGAUGCAAACCAUGAUCUGGGUCUUCCUCCACUCAUACGCAUGGGUGAAAAUAAUUCGUUCAAUCGUUAUAAUGACUUUAGUGAGGCGUCGCCCACGUGCGUUAAUCUGCCCAGGGGUGUCUCCCACAGUGGCCUUGCAAAUGGUGUCUCUUCAAGUAGCAUCUCCCACAGCGGCCCUGCAAAUGGUGCCUCCCCGAACGAACAUGCCUUCGUGGGUUCUAACUGCUGUACCACCAUCAACGGGAUCAACGACCCGUGUUCCAUGCAGGUAGUAGAUGCUUCGAACAGGUUGUGCCUCCCCAAUGGCACCACCAACCAGAUCGGCAUCUACAACUACGAAUUGCUAACGUUCAAGCAACCCAGUAACUACUAUGAUGGUGUGAACGAUGUCGUGGUGAAAGGAGGAAGACCCGAUGAUGUAACAUAUUAUACCUGUGCCACUCAGUCGGUUGGAGGAGAAAAUAAUUAUGUGCAUGUUCGUGGGGACGAUUUUGGCAGUACCCAUUACUCCACCAAUAACAACUUUGUGAGGACGAAGGAAGGAUUCCCUCAUGUCUCCACAGGGGAGUAUGUACAGGACAGUAGGAGCAGCACCACGACGAGUGUGAUAAAUGAGGAUAUGGUGGUAGGAAGUGGCUUCUCCAGGGGGAAUAUGAACAUGCAAGAUGGUUCCCCGGUCAACACUCUACGCGAUAGUGUGAUCAAGUUAAUGUCCAUGAUGUUGCAGAGGAAGAAGGGGGUAGGGGGUACCAACGGAGUGACAAGCACAACGUGUACAAAUGACAUGGUGUGUAAUACGGGCUACGCGAAUGUCAACCCUAGUCUCACCAACUACGAUCGCUUCCCCAGCCUCAAUCACAACACCACGCAAGGGUCCAAUGAGCAGCGUAAAUACAUGACCUCACAACAGAUGAAGAGUGUUCAGAGGGGAAGUUCACAUCGGCGUGUCUACCCCGGUGUCGAGGCUCCAUCGCGGAAGACACCUCUACAGAACAGCAAACAUGUGAAAAGUGCCAUAAGGAUUCGCCGCUGGGCCAUCCCACGAGUAUCCUCCCCCCGCAUGCAUGAACCGCCCACCGCGAAACUGCGCAUUGUUAAAAUGAGUGUUGUUACGCGACAUAUGCGUACACCUCGCAUUCACAUACCUUUCAUCACCACACAGAGUGUUAGCGGCAGUGGGAAAAGUCUCGCCCACCUCUUCCACCUUCGUAUGGGUACCCCGAGAGUGACCACCACCAGGAUGAGCGUCAUCCGUUCAAUCAACAAUAGCUCCUCCACCCACCUCUCACGCCGAGACGAACAAAUGGUAAUGAUGAAGAGUGUGCUUGGUGAGAAUGAAGAAGGCCAUGUCACGAAUUAUAAUGAGGCGGCCACUACCGGUGCAAACGUACACUAUGAAGAGAAUAGGACAUUCGAAACUAGCCAUAAUGAUGAAACCCCCGUGGAGAAAAAAGCAACAAAAAAGCGCUCGAGAAAGUCCAGAGUAAAAAGAAAAAAUAAAGUCUUUGGAGGAAUUGUAAAAAAGGGAGGCAUUUCUUUCGAUUUGGAAGUUGAAUCGCGUAGAAUUAAGGAGACCCCCUUCUGUGCAUACUCCUUGAUUGACUUACUUAACAACCAUAACGCUGGUAGGAGGGACGGGGGGGUGAAGACGACUGUGAAUGGGGGGGGCUGUAGAGACAUGUUGUGGUGUUCAUGUGACAUUCACCAUAACGUUAACUGCUUCACCGAGUAUGUUCAUUUUUUAAGGGGGAAGACGAUGGGGCAGGGGGAGAAGCAGGAUCGUGAGGAGGAGCAGGAGCAGAUGGACGAAAAUGACGAAACCAGUGAUAGUCGCGGUCACGAUGCAAGGGAGGAAUGUCCGAGUGAGUCGUCCCGCAACAAAACAGAAGGGGGCAAGACAGAAAACACAAAACAGCUGGGAAAGGAAAGAGAAUGUGAUGCAAAAAAAAAAAACUUCCUUCCACAAUGUGAAAACGUAUACUACAAUGUUAAUAAAAUCUGGUCCUCUCAUUUCAAUAGGCCUUUGGGGGACAUAGGUAGGAAAUUAAUAUUAAAAGAAAUUCGUGAAUUACAUUACAAGGAUGCAUUUAAAACCACGUCGCUUCUAACAAGAGAAGGACUCGAUUACGGUAAGGUUCGAUUCAUGAAGGUAAGCGAGCUGUAUCAUUAUAUGUACGCACUGGGUGUCUUUGAAUAUGCUGUGAAAAUUUCUCUGGAAUUUGGAUCCAACAUUCGAAUGAGCAGUGUAGUGACUCAAGGAAAUUAUCGGAACACGUGUAACAAUUUGAAUAACGGGUAUAACUUUUGUUUUAUAUGUUGUUCAUGCAAAAAUCCUUCUCUGAGUUACAUUCCCCUGGGGUUUCAUUUGGCGCAACAUCGCAUGUAUAUAAAAAGCUACUCCACCUUUGUUGAAGAAUUUGCUUCGCGCUAUAUUGUGAAUGGGGCAGACCGCCAGUCCACACGGAGGACCCCUAUGCGUAAGUUUCUUCCCCCCAAUGCUGUCUCCGCUGUUGGCGCAGUUAGCGGUGUUAGCGGCGUUGUUAGCCGCGUGAAUAGUAUCGCUAGCAGCCAGAGUAGCAGUCCCACCAACGCAUUAAGCUUCCGUACCAGCGGCGCCUUCAGUUGCGAGCCCAGUCCAAGUUGGCCUGAUGGGUGGCAGCUCCCGAACGGCUACCCCGAUGGGGAAACAAAGGAAGCGAAAGAAGUGGGAGAAACGAGCAAAGCGAAUGAAGCAGCUCCGUUUCCACGCUGCGAUUCAGGCGCCAGACGCCACCCACGUGUGCGCCCCGGGGCAACCUCCGUGGAGAACCGAAUGGUACCUGUAACGGGUGACUUCGCGCGGGAGGACGUCCAUCCUAAGGGAGCAGGCGAAUGCCAAGAGGACACACACACGAACAACAGCAUAAGUGACGCAGAGGAGGAAAGGGAAGUGCAGGAAAAUUAUUGCAUUGGGGAAAACUUGAAGAAGGGUGAUGAAGACGACAACGGGAGUAGUGGCAUAGCGGCAGGUAGCACCACCACUGGCGAUGUUAAUGGAAUUGCCUCCUGCAGCGUCAAUAAGCAUUCCAGUGGCUGCACCUCUGGUUACGCCUCGGGCGGUGGCUCCACUUGCCACGCGUGCAGCAGUCACUCGUACACCAGCGUCGGAAAGCACCAACCCUACGUCCCCAACAAUUGUUCUGUGUACAUGCCCGAACUGUUGAGCCACCCUCCAAGGGAGAAAAGCACCCCGUAUGGUUACUACAAAGAAAGACACGAUGCUACCAGUGAGGUGGCUGUAUCAUCAACAAUGAAAGGGGAGGCAUGUGCAAAUUGGAAGGAGCUCAUUUUGACCCUAAUUAAAAACGAGGACAGUAAUUGUAAUGAGCGCGACGCAGAGAAGGACGGCAAAUUAGUGAAGGGGAUUAACAACCCAUACGAAGUGAACGAGGUGAAAAACGCAUGUCCCUACAUUCAUGAGGAGAUUGCUUCCAACGGUGGAGGCCACUUGUACGUGGGGCAAGCAAAAAUCUUAAGCCCCCCAGGAGCUGCGACAGGGAGUCCCCAUGACAGCGUCAAGGGAGACGAGGAAAACAUUGUGCAAGGUGAAAAUGUGAAGGAAGUUGAAAGGGAAGUUGUGAAGGAGGAGGAAGGAAAAACUGCUCGGUUAGAAGGAGGCCCCUCCCAAUGCGACGACUUCGUAACAGGAGACCCCCCCCAAUGCGAUGAUUGCCUUCAAGAAGACCCCGAAGAAUCCCAACUCCACACCGAAAGCGAAGGAGAAAGGCAGUCAAAAGGAAAAAAUAAAAUUAUCUAUCGCGGUGUCGAGGGGGACUUGGUGCAAGCGGAGUGCAUGCACAGAUAUGGAUUCCCAAGCGCGUGUAACAGUGGCGGUGGCAGUGACAGCGGAAGCAGACGCACGCGCGCAGAGGCCACUAACAUAAUUAAGAGGAUCAAAAGGAACAAAGUCUACACGUCCAUAAUACAUAACCUACUCAAAGAAUUGCUUUUGUUUCACGGACGGAAGCUAAUAGACCUGGACGAAUCUCAGCGAGUGGGAAGCGAAAUGGUGUGUCGGUCGGUGCACGGAAUUGAUCCACAUGCAUAG